AUGCCAGAAUUAAUUGCUGGGGAAGGACGGCGGCAUGUGCGAGAAAAUUGCAAAAUUCUACGUCCAUACAUUUUAUGGAGGCGAAAGAAAGAUCAGCUUGUUGAAGCGGCAUUUGUUUUGAAACUGAAACGCGAAAUUGAACGAAAAAAGAAGGAAGCUGAAGAAAAGAAAGCACUCGAAAGGGAGCGGAAAAUGACCCGUAUCGAGGAGAUUGAAAAAGAACUUUCAAAUGUGAAGGAAAAAAGACAUGGUCUAGAGGAGAAAUUGAAGUUAUUGCAAGAAAGGAAACACCAGCUAUUUUUAUCGCUGAAAAAUACCUUGAUGGCAAAGGAAUACAUUAGAAGAGAAAGAGGAUCAGUUUAUGAGAUGCAUCAAUUUGCUGACUCAUACAGUGCAAGAGAUUCUUUGGGCUAAGUCUUGUUUAAAAUUGUCUGAGACAAUGGCAAUAAUUGCAUCAAAUAUGCAAAAAUAUUCAAAAGUAGAAGGUAAAUUUUCUAAAUAAUGUUGAAUAGGGGGUAUUGCAGUUCUGAAAGUUUCCUCCUAAAAAUUUCAUGGAAGAGUUUACCUUUCUAGAAACUUUUUAUGUCACCUUUCUUAUCAAUUUUUUAAUUAAUAAAAAAGAUCCUCUACCAUCUGAUAUCUGUUAAAUGAAAUAUUAUUUUUAAAUCAAAUAAAAAUAUCUAGGCCAAAAAAACCUCUAGCCUGAUUAAAAGAAAAUUUAUACCUACUUAAUUCUAGAAAAUAGAGGAUAGGUCAAAAAACCUCAAACAAUAUAUUCAAUGCUAAUAAUAUCAACACAAAUUUAUUAAGGUCCAUAGAAAAUACACUUCAAUCUUCAAAUGAUCUUCAAUAAAAUGCCAGCAGAUAUGCUUAGCCAUCUUUCAGAACUUGAACAGGUUCUAGCGUGAAUGUUAUCUAGUUAUAGUGAAUAUUAAUUUUCACAUAUUUCUGAAAUAGCAUAAUUUAAGAUGUAUUGGUGCUACCAUACAGAGCUUGCCUGGAUUAAUUUAAUAAUAUGUGUCUUGGUAAAACAUGUAGAAGUAUGUAAGACCUUUGCAAACCACAUGCAUACUACCAUGUUAACAAGUGAUAUGAAAUAAGCUGCUUAUUGUAAACUCUCACUGAUGCACAAGCAACUCUUAUGUAAAUAUUUGUUUCUUUAGAUUUUUGUAUAGUUACUCUUAACAUUUUGUUCAUUGUAAGAAUUGACAUUGUCUGAAACAAAGCUCAAUCUCUCACAGGCCUGCAAUGAAAGUUUUAGAAUUUUUAAGAUAAUUUUCAUAGAUACUACAAAUGGAAAAUUAUUUUGACCUUUGGUUUUGUUGGUAAUUUUUUGUGACAAGAUAUAAAAAAUCUACAUUAUUUCUGCAUGCCUAACUAAUUUCAUUGGCAAUAGUUGAAGCAAAUCAUUGAAAGAGAAUUCAACAGUUAUUCAUUCCUUUCUCUUACCAAAGAAAUUGUUUUUAGAAAACAAGAAACAUUUCCAUUGUUAUUUCCUUCUCAGCAUUUGAACUUGAAAAUUUUACAAUUCAUAGAGACAGAGUGAUGUUUUUAAUUUUAGUUUAUUGAAAGAUCAGGGGAAAAAUUUAAUGUUUGUGAGGGAUUUGCAAGGUUCUCUGCAUGUGCAGAUGAAUAAAGAGCAUCAAUAUUGGAAUUAUUUGAUUAUUAUUAUAUGUGCACUUCACAGUUGAAUAUCAGGCUUUUUCAAGGCUAAUUUUAAAGUAAUUUGUAUGUAAAUUAGCUUUGAACUUGCAUGCUAAGCAAAAUAUUAGCACUACUAAACUGAAUAAAAGACAUAUGAUUCA